AUGGCUGAUCCCAGAGAUGUCGAUCUGGCUCGACGUCAGAGACUCUACAAUGACGCCAGAUUCUCCGACGUCACCAUCUGCUUCAGCGGCAACAAAGUGCACGCGCACAAGGCAAUCUUGCCGAAGCCGUAG